AUGAGUGAACCACGAGAUUUCAAAAACACGUCCGUCAAGGAAAAUACAUCGAAGAGGUCAAGAACCAGCGCCGGUAGUGAUCAUCGCCGAUCCAUCGAUCCAGCCAAGGGAAACCGCGAGUUUAUGGACGCCGUGCAAACAUGGAUGAGACAACAUGACGAAAAAGUCGAGAAAUCCAAGAGCAUGCUGAAAGAUACCAACACACGUGUGGAGAAGCUGGGAAAACGCGUCAAAGAGGGAUUCGACAAUUGUGACACAAGAGCGACAACCCAGCAGAGGUCCAACAGAAUAACAUCAACCAUAAUUGGGCGCCAAGUAUCGAGUCACGAAAUGAGACUGGAUGGGUUGGAAACCCAAGUUGGAGAAAAUCAUGACUGGACGAAAAAUAGCAUCAAUGAGAUCCAGGAAUACUAUAAUGCUGGGGCUGCUGCGAACAAUGGCAAUGACCUAUAG